AUGAGUAUGAAAGAUGUUAAGAAUGAAGCUCAUAAAUUGUAUAAGACAAGUGGAAGCAAGUUCAAUGACACAAUUGUUUUUAAUGAGGUUAUGCGUAAACAUCGAAAAUGGGAUUUACAGCUAGAUCAUGAUGCAACACGAUCACAUCCUGAAUAUGAAGUGGGUGAUGAAGAAAGUGGUGGUAGCACAAAAAGAUCAAGGUCUACUGAAGAAGGGGAGUAUUGUGUCCAAUCCAACACAGAAGGGGCAAAUAUUGUUGGUUCAACAAUUAAACGUCUGACGGGUAGAGAUGUGGCUAAAAGAAAAGAAAAAAGUAAGUCUUCUAAUGAAGUUGUUGCAGAACUUCGUGCAAUGAAGCUUAGUAGAGAUAGUGAAGUAGAAGUCAUGAAAAAAGACUCGACUUUGAUCAACAAAGGGAGCAAAAAACAGAUGAAAGGGAGCUAG